GAGGAAGCCUUCUUCUUGGCAGUGGUGGGGAAAAAGGAAUAGGAGCGUCCACAUAGGAGCGUUCACAUGGGUGAACAGCACCCUACCAUAUGAGGAGGGAGAAGAGAAGGAUGUUCCCCAUGCCUUGAAAGAAGAAAAGCUUUUGCAAGUUCGUUUGAAGAAGAAUCUCUUCGUCUUAUCAUAGAGGGAGCAUCAUAGCAAUGGAACAAUCGCCAGUUCAAUGGCCAUCUGAAGCGGAUGAGUACUCUACCUUCAUCUUCCCAUCCGAAAUGACCUCUCUAGAUCACUUUGAUGCGCAAGAGAUCAUACGAUCCCUUGGCGAGGACUUUGAAUACCCUUCUUGUUUUUCUUCCUUUGACUCGCCGGGGAACACUGAAUUGAACGCCCCCAUGAACUGCUCAUCCAUGGAGGUCUCCGAAGGGCCCAUUGAUGUCAACAAGGCUGACGGAGUCCCAGGAGCAGUGCCAAACGCAUCGUCCAUUAGUUUAAUCUCAUUUGGCCAUCCGGAGCCAGUGCAUGAUCCCCUCGGACUAUGGCCGAGAAAUGAAAGCUUCUACUGUAGUCAUGGUUCAACAUCGAAUGAGAAGACCCUGGACUUCCGGAGACCUGAGAGGAACAGAAUGAUGAGUAGAUCAACUUCUCAAGACCAUGUGAUGGCAGAGAGGAAGCGAAGGGAGAAACUUGGCCAGCAGUUUAUAGCACUAUCAGCAAUCAUCCCUGACCUAAAAAAGACUGACAAGGCUUCACUUGUUGGAGGUGCAAUCAACUACCUUAAGCAACUUGAAGAGAAGGUGAAAACCUUAGAAGAACAGGCUGUCAAGAAGAAUACUAGGCCUAUUGUCUUUGUCAAGAAGUCACACCUUUCAACCAACAAUGCAAUCUCCAAUGCUGACGGGAGCUCACCUGACAAAGCUAUCCAAAAGGUCGAGGCUAGCUUGGAAGGAAAGACUAUUCUUAUGAGGAUUCAUUGCGAGAAGAAGAAGGGAAUAUUAGUGAAGGUGCUAUCAGAAAUUGAGAAGCUUCACCUCAGUGUCAUCAACACAGGCGUCGUUCCCUUUACUGACUCCUCUCUAAACAUCACUGUGACGGCACAGAUAGAAGAAGGAUUCUCUAUGACAGUGCAAGAUCUUGUGAAGGAAUUAAACUCAGCUCUCAGCCAGUUGUUGUGAGAAUAGAGCUGUUGUACAAAAGAGGCUGUUGCAUGUCCAUUAGAAGGUGGUUUCCUUUUAGAAAGCUAGAGAUAUUGGGUUGUUACCUUUUUCUAAGUGCUUCAACUAGGUAGUGGAGACCAAAUAAGAGCCUGGCAAUUUGUUUAAUCUCCAGAAAAUUGAUACUUCUCCUGCAAGUGUUGGUAUCUUUACAAGGUUUCGCAUAUUCUUUUGCCGACAACCAUGCAUCCACGUUUUCCACGUGGUCAACGAAGUUUCACAUCUUUCCACGUGGUUUAUUUAAGCUUCCUCUAUCCGUGUGGCCAUCUCCCCUCUUUUUUUUUUAAUGUUCUUUGACUUCGAAACAUUCUCUCAUGCUUUCUAUACGCGGACAUAAACGCGAACACCUUUUUAG